AAUACGGUAAACGGGUUGUUGGAACGGCCACGCCUGGGUUUCUUCCAUAUUAUUUGCCCACCCAGCCACCGCGAUUCCUCACCCAACUUUUUGCCCUCCGUCGAGUCACGCACCGCACCGCGCGACCCCUUCCCCAUCCCCGGCGUGCCUCGAGCCCUGCCGUCGAGCUGCGACGAUCCCGAUUGACGCCGCGACGCCGUCGUCCGCUCGUCACCGAGUCCGAGUCGCAGCCCCGAUCCUGUCUUGUGUAACGUGUGCCCCUCGCCGUCACCCGCCGCGUCGCAGCCCGUUCCGUCGUCGCCUCCACCACCACCACCACCACCACCACCACCACCGCCGCCAACCCCAACCCCCCAACCCCCGUCGGCCCGUCCAUUCCCUUCGACUGCGGAGAAGCAUCGCCAUCCCCAGCGGGCGCAGCAGCCGCAGUCGCAGCAGCAGCAGCAGCUAGCAGCGCACCCGACGGCUGGCCGGUGCCCUCUCUGCUGGACACGCCUGCCGCGCGCGCCAAUGCCGAGGCGCCUGGCAAUCUUCCUCCACUUCCUCGACCGGACGCUAUCGUGAUUGAGCGUCUUCGGAUCGCGCUUCCUCGAGUGCCGUCACCCAUCAUCGUCGUCGCCGCCGCCGCCGCCGCCCCCUCCGUCGCAGCCGCCGCUCCAGCCCGCCGCGCGUCAUCAUGAGCUCCAAAUCCAGGAAGCGGUCCCGCACCGUCACCGACGAGAAUCGCGCCGACUGCCCCUUCGCCGUGACGCUGGUCACGACGCCCUCGUAUGAGGACCGGGACCACGUACCCAAAAAGCGCAAGCGCGACGGCCCGGAAGACGAUCGGAGCUCCAAGGAGCUGAUACAAGUGUCGCCCUUUGCGCCCAAGGGCAAGUUCAAGACGCAUCAGACCAUGGAUGUAUCGUACAGCGUGGAGCCGCGCAAGCGCUGGCUCGACAUGACGCGAUAUAACAGCUUCGUUCUCAACAACGUCAAGUAUUACAACGAAGACUACGUCUACAUCGCCAACGACACGACGAUUGAGCGCCAAAAGGCGACCAGCAAGGACCCCGAGCGCCGGGGCCUGCUGCAGUCCACCGACUAUUGGGUAGCCAAGAUCCUCGAGGUUAGGGCCCUCGAUGAGCACCACGUCUACGCACGCGUCUACUGGAUGUACUCUCCUGAUGAGCUGCCGUCCAAUACCCUUGACGGGAAGAAGGUCGUGUCUGGCCGUCAGCCGUACCACGGCCAGAACGAGUUGAUAGCGUCGAAUCACAUGGACGUGAUUAACGUCGUCAGCGUAGCGAUGCGCGCCGCGGUGAACCAGUGGGUCGAGGCAGACGACGACCAGGUUCAAGAGUCACUCUAUUGGAGACAGGCUUUUGACUGUCGCACGUCUCAGCUCUCGUCCGUCGAGCUCACCUGCAAGUGUAGAUCGCCCGCCAACCCGGACAAGACGCUUGUCGGGUGCACCAAGUCGGGUUGCGAGCAGUGGCUUCACUACGAGUGUCUCCUGCACGAUGCUCUGACACGCGUGUACGACGAGCUCGGCACCGACAAGCCACACGAGUCCAGUGACUUGCCGGUCAAGAUGGAAACCGAUGACGCGCCCAAUCCAGCACUACGCUCGACGACGCCGACCGGGAUCAAGGGCGAGGGAACACAGUCUCCAGCUGGCAUCAAGCAGGGGAUAAAUGGGGACGCCGCGCCACCGAAACAGCUUGACGGCAUCACACCCAAGGCGACCGAAUCUCCCGCUCCGGGAACUCCCAUCGCCACCACAAUCGAGAAGCCGUCAAGGUCGUCGUCUGUCAAGAAGGGCCGCGGGAAGAAGGCCGUCGUCGAGAGCAAGCCGUACGAGGGCCUGUUCGAGGCGAAGCUCACACUGGACGACGGGCCGACGGUGUGGCAGAUCACAGACCUAAGGCAAGCCGUGACUGGGGGCGACCGCACAUGGACGGAGCCCGCUCUCUGCCUGGUGUGCGGCACGAAAAUCGACUGAGGUCGAGGCGGUUGACUUACCACCCCAUAGCUGAAGCCCUGCAUUCUCGGCUAUCUGCAGCUUACACACAGACAAUGGUGUUUUCCAUUCCAUUCCCUUUGUUCUUGGCUGUUUCCUCUGGGUCAGCUGCUGCACGUCUUCUUUUCUGGGUAUAUAUAUACGGGGGGGGGGGGUAGCGGCAGCAGGAGCAGCACCACCUCCUCAAAGCGCGAUGGCGCUUGCUCCGGCAGCGGGCGUCGAAAAGGGGGGACUGAGAUAGGACAGCGUUGGUGGAUGGGCGGCUGUGGCGAGGCCGUCAGCGGCCGGGCAGAUUGCCGGGCAACGGUGGAUCUGUUGACUUUUGUCUGCUUCGAGAGUGCGAGUUUGCGUGUGCGUAUGCGUGCGUGUGUUUGGCAUCCGCGACGGGCGAGGCGUUUCUGCGGGGACUAUAGUAUGUAUAUACCUUUGGUAUGCGGCGGGAUGUAGGCGCGAAGAUGGUUUGUUUCAGUCCCGGCGGGGAUGGAGAGGGUGGAGGCAUUGACGGCGGCGAUUGCGGCGGCAAGGUAGUAGAGUUGAUAAGAGCCUUCCUUGUUCUGAGUCGCUGGGAGACCACUCA